AGAUUAUCUCGGCGACGUUUGUCGUCGACCACGGUACGAUCUGUGUCCGCAAAGAUGUACGUGGACGUGCUCGCCGGUUUCAUAGUGCUCUUCCUCGUCUUCUGCCUGAUCAACAACCGCAAAGAUCCGAAACGAGUGUUCGGGAUCUACAGCCGGCCCGGCAAGUGGUACUUCGCGAAGUACCCCGCCAUCUUGACCCUCCUCUUCCUGCGCAGAUUCAAGUUCUACCUGCUGGGCAAAGACCGCGUCCUGGACGUUGCGCAGCUCGAAAAGCUGCAGCCCCUUUCCUCCCACCCGCUCGCCUUCGACGCCGUGUUCUUCCACGCCGUCUCCCAAAAUGGUGUUUACAUCUGCGGCGGCACCGAGAGACGUCAGGACGCCAAGGUCAGCGGUCUCUUGUACGUCCUGGUGCCCGAUCACGGCCUGCUGCUGUCUAGCAAGCUGCCCGACACGGUACUCGACGCUGACGCGGCGCCCGCCCCCAAAGAGUACGCCGCCGAGGGCAUAAAGUUCACCCCCGUCGAGCCCAUGAGGACGUGGAGGGUGUCGUUCGCGGGAAAAAUGAGGUUACAAAAAGACCCCGCGAGGCUGGUAGACGUCGACCUUAAGGCUACCUGGACCAGCGACUACCCCUGGUUCUUGUACGAGGUCGAGUUGCCCCUGAAGAAGAUCGCCAGGUCUAUAGCCCUCGAGCCCUGGACAGAAGACCUCUUCCGCAACCUCAAAGACGCUCACCAGACUCACUACGAGCAGAUGGGGUACUUGGAGGGCACCCUCAAGGUCGACGGCAAGGAGACGCGCCUCAGCUUAGACUCGUUCCGCGACCACAGCUACGGUUUCAAACGCGACUGGAGCCUGAUGCACCGGUACAUCUUCCACAUGUUCUACUUGUCGAAUCAAACCAGGAUUACCUUGGGGUUGGUGUGCCAGCCUUGCACCUCGACCGACCUCGAGUUCGGCUACGUGGUGCUACCCAACAGGAAGCUAGAGACGAUAGAUCACUGCGACCUGGUGCUGUAUCAGCACGGCGAGAACGGUACGCCUAGCGACGAGCUGUGUUUCACUUUUGAAGCGAACGACACCACCUACGAGGUCAAGGUGACCUACGAGGUCACCCACGUCCACUUCAAGGGUAAAAAUCGCGAGGCAAAGAUGUUCGAGAGGUUCUUCAAGUGCGAGGUGAACGGGGUGACGGGCAGGGGCAUCUCGGAAUGGCAUUACAACGUUGCCGGUGCGACCAAGCGGUCCGUCUAGUUUUUGUGUCACUUGGGGGGAUAAAUACAUACGAUAAACGUU